AUUGUUGCUGUUGCGGCUUUUGCGCAUGCGCGGAGCGCGGUUUGAAUCCUGCGCAUGCGCAGUGUCGUUCCCCCCGAGUGACUCCCAAACGGGCUCGGUUGGCGACCUCAUUUUGGCCCCUUCCAUCUCAUAAUGGCAUUCGGGGAGCUGGAGGAUUUGUGCUGCCACAUCAACGCCAAGAUCGGCUGCGUGAAGAAGCUGCUCCAAUUGCGGGCUAUCGGGCGAGAGCCAUCAUUGAAGGAGGUGCUGAGGAAUGUAGGGCAGGAGAUGGCGGAGCUGCACGGUUUGCUGGAUCGAAUGGAAGGAGAGCUCAAUCAGCAGCGGCAAUUAGCGGCCGUGCUCCAGGAGAUGAGGAGACACGUGGAAAAGGAGAGGAUGGAAGCGGAGCUCUUGCUUAGCAACAUCCCGACAGAGCUGAGCUGUGGCCCGAAAAAGGAGCCUCAGCUCAUUAAGAAGCCAAUUAAGGAGGCCAAGGUCGUUAAGGAGGUGGUGCUAAUUACCCUGGAGGAGUUGGAGAACGUUCCAGGGUAAGGAAGCCAUGAUUGCAGUUGAUUUUGUCCCUUUCGAUUCGGUGCCCACCAUUGCUUUUCCUUCUCCUGGCUCAGGGCUAAUUAAUGUCUUAAUUAAUUGCAUUUAUGAGGAUGAGAGGGGUAGUGUUAAUUAGCUAGUUCCGUUUCUUGCUCUGUUUCCUGCUCUAUUUCCCCUCUGCUUCCAUUUUCUGCUCUAUUUCCUGGUCCAUUUCUCCUCUAUUUCUAUUUUUUGGGUCUGUUUCCUCUUCUAUUUCCUCCUUAUUUCUCCAUAUAGGAUUCUAUUUCCUCCCUAUUUCACCUUAUAGGAUUCCACUUCCUCCCUAUUUCCCUUUAUAGGGUCCUAUUUCCUCUCUA